AUGAGUGAACUGAUUGAGUUUCGGCGCGAAAAGGCGAUCCGUGAGUACGAGUGUAUGAAGCACUUGAAGCUGUUUACCGACGCUGAGAUAAACGACAUCAAAGCCAAACGACACUAUCAUGAUUACAAGGUGGAAAAGCGAAGCAAAAAUUUGGCAGAUUUCAUUAACUACAUUGGCUAUGAAUGUAACCUGUUCAAGUUGCUGCUUCAGCGUCGUAAAAAACUGCGCAUUAAAGCCGAAUGGGCUAGCCUGGAGAAGAGCAUUAACAAUCGCAUUCGUGGAUUGUACAAACGAGCCAUGGUACGGUUUGCUAGCGACUAUCGCGUGUGGACCCACUUCCUCCAGUACUGCAAGAUGCGUCGAUCCUUCAACGAAGGAUCUCGUAUUCUCGACCAAAUGCUCGGAUAUCACGGGGACAAAUCAAAGGCUUGGUUAAGUGCGAUUAAUUGGGAGUAUCAUCAGGCGCAAAAUAUGACCCGCGCCAAGCAUUACACCCUUCGCGGAUUACAACGUCACCCUGAGUGCUGCGAAUUAUGUCUCUCCUUCAUCGCCAUCCAAAUGUCGGAAGCGGAAACCAUUGUUAAAGAAUCAAAGAAGACGGCGAAAGAAUUACUGGAAGCUGAUCAUAGGGAGCUCACUAAAGCGCUUAAAAUAACAGCAUUGGUAUACAAGAACUUUCAGCAUAAAGAUGUAUCAUUCUUUGAACAAUUGACGAAAGAGUUACAAAAAUACCGGCCCUUGUCGGAUGCGAUUGCCCAGGAAGCGGUGUCGGAAAUGCGUACAAUGUUGGCUGAUAAAGAGGGAAUGUGGGAUUUGCAGGCAAAUCUUGCACUCCAGGGUGACGAAUUCGUUUUGGGAGAAAUGGAUGCUAAGUUUACGCAACGAUUGGAAAAGUGUAUCGCUAUAUACAAAGAGGGAAUUGAUCGCAUUCCUUCAAAGCAAAUGCAUAGUUUCUACAUCCAAAGGAUGCUUGAAAUAAACGCGAACGAGACGCAAUUAGGAGAUGAAAAGGUUAAACGAAAAGCACUGGCUACCGCAUUCAAAACUGCUCUUAUGUCCGACCAACUGGAGGAGGAAAAACUAGUUAAGUACCUAAAGCUUCUGCUUCAUAACAACAACCCUAAAGAGGAUUUUAUUAUGGUGGUCAUUAACAAAGGAAUAGAACAGUACCCGUCAUCGGUGGAAAUUUGGAGUUCAUACCUACGUUACCUUUCUAGGAAAGAAGUCGAUAUCGAUGAAUUUGAAAAAAUAUUUCAGAAGGCCAUCGUCAGCCUUCCAGAUAACGUUAGCAAGCUUCCACUGUGGAAAAUGGUUUUCCAACACUACAACAUUCGACCAGAUUUACACAAAAAGAUAGAGCAGCUGUACCGCCAAGCCAUCGAUCAAGAUCCAGAAAUUUCACAUCAUUUUCAGUUACUGUUCAUGGAUUACUUGCUGUUGGUGGACAAUGGCGACAUGACCAGGGUUCGAAGCGAAUAUCAACGCUUAGUAAAAAAUUACACCACUACAAUAGACUUGCAUAGGAAAAUGGCCAGCAUUGAAGCGAGCCAAGACAAACCGGACGUUAAUGAGUGGCGCAAAUGUCAUGAGUAUGCAACGCAGUUUCACGGAAAAACUGAUCCGACAACUUGGUUACAGUACGUCCAGUUUGAACGGGAUCAUGGAAAAGCAAAGCACAUGCAAGCACUAUACAACCGUGCUAAAAGUGUUCUGAAUGAGGACCUGUUCGGCAACUUUUUAUCAGAGUACGAAAUAAUACGGAACCCGUACAUUGCUCGUUACUAACGUUAAAUCAGGACAAAUGCUUCAUUUCGCCACAAUAAAUUUAUUUACAGCUA